AUGACCCUCACCGCCCUUGACACCCCGUACAAGCUCACGCCGGAGCAGAAGGAGAGCUUCGAGCGCGACGGCUUCCUCCACCUCCCCGACGUCCUCAGCGCCGACCAGGUCAAGAGCCUCCAGCAGUGGAGCAAGGAGGUGCACGACUGGCCCUCGCGUCCCGGAGAGCACAUGCCCUACGACGAGGUCCGCGCCGACGGCACCACCGGUCUCUGCCGUACUGAGAGUGAGUCGAACCCCAUCUCCCCCCGGCUUCCCCCGUCCAUGCUGACCGAAGACUACGCCAACUACCACGACGGCUUCAACUCGCUCUUCCGCGGCGAGCGUCUUGUCGGCCUUCUCUCCGAGCUUAUGGGCGAGCGUGCCAUCCUGUUCAAGGAGAAGAUCAACUACAAGGAGCCAGGUGGCUCUGGCGGCUUCGACGCACACAUCGACUCAACGGCGUACAACCACGCUGGCGCCGUGCGCCACCAGACCUUCCUCAUGGCCGUCGACGACAUGACGCCCGAGAACGGAUGCCUCGAUGUUGUCCCCGGUUCGCACAAGGUGCAGGUCCCUAUUGCGGCGGACAAGUGUAUCGCGAAGGACUGGGAGGCGGCGCAGACCUGGGUUCCUGUGCCGAUGAAGGCGGGCGACCUCCUCGUUUUCGGCAGCUACCUCGCGCACCGCUCUGGUCCCAACAACUCGCCCCGCCCCCGCGCCGCCAUCUACGCAACUUACAACGGCGAGAGCGAGGGCGACAAGCACGACAGCUACUAUGCGCACCGCCGCCGUGUCUGGCCUCCGACGAAGGAGCGCGUCCCCGGCGUGGACUACAGCGAGGGCGCGAUGACCUACGCUUUCGGAUCGCCCAUGGCUGGCGGCAAGGAGAUGAUCGAGAACACUAUCCGGAGUCAGAACCAGAAGACUCAGAAGACCCGCGAGGAGACGGCCGACACGGUCCUGGGCGUCAUUGAAGCACAGGGAGACUCGGACUACAUCGGGGAGAGCAUCAGUCAGCUCGAGCACGCCCUUCAGGCAGCAGCACAGGCGCAGAACGAAGGCGCCGACGACGAGACCGUGGUCGCCGCGCUCCUGCACGACAUCGGGCAGUUCAUCCCGCACGAGAACGCAAAGGAGAUGAUGACCGAAGGAGGCUCAUUGGGUAAGAUGUCCCACGAGGCCGUCGGCGAGGAGUACCUCCGCAAGCUGGGAUUCCCGGCCAAGGUCUCGGAGCUCGUUGGCAGCCACGUCGUCGCGAAGCGAUACCUGACCGCCACGAGGCCCGAGUACCUCGCCGCGCUGAGCAAGGCGUCCCAGGGGAGCCUGCGGUUCCAGGGUGGGCCGUUCAACCCGCAGGAGGUGAAGGAGUUCGAGAACGACCCCCUGUUCAAGGAGAAGGUCCAGCUGCGUCUCUGGGACGAUCGGGCGAAGGAGGUGGAUGCCAAGGUUCCUGACCUGAGGAGCUAUCGCGACACCAUCAUCAAGGUGCUUGCUUGA